GCCCGGGUGCUGCCUGGCCGCCUGGUGCGGGGGGCGGCGCGGAGCGGGGGCGCCCCAGCUGGCGGCGGGGCGCGGAGGUGAGGCCGGCGGCGCGCAGGGCGGGCGCUGCUGCUCCCCAGUCCGUGCGCCGCCGCCCCGCCACCCGCCCGCCGAGUCCCGGGCGCUGGGAGCGGGGGCCGAGCGGGCGGCGGCGGGCUGGAUGAGCGAGCGGCCGGCCGGGGGGCCCCGGCGCGCUGGCCAUGGCCUCCAACUUUAACGACAUAGUCAAGCAGGGCUACGUGAAAAUCCGCAGCAGGAAGCUGGGGAUUUUCCGACGAUGCUGGUUGGUUUUCAAGAAGGCCUCUAGCAAAGGACCCAGACGAUUAGAGAAAUUUCCAGAUGAGAAGGCAGCAUAUUUCAGAAACUUUCACAAGGUAACAGAACUGCACAACAUCAAAAAUAUCACCAGACUGCCGAGAGAGACGAGGAAACAUGCUGUGGCGAUCAUCUUCCAAGAUGAGACAUCCAAGACAUUCGCCUGUGAGUCAGAGCUGGAGGCAGAGGAGUGGUGCAAGCAUCUGUGCAUGGAGUGUCUGGGGACCAGGCUGAAUGACAUCAGCCUUGGGGAGCCAGACCUGCUGGCGGCCGGGGUACAGCGGGAGCAGAAUGAACGAUUCAACGUGUAUCUUAUGCCAACGCCAAAUCUCGAUAUUUAUGGCGAGUGUACCAUGCAGAUCACUCAUGAGAAUAUCUAUCUCUGGGACAUCCACAAUGCCAAGGUCAAACUGGUGAUGUGGCCUCUCAGCUCCCUGAGGAGAUACGGGCGGGACUCCACUUGGUUCACAUUUGAAUCAGGAAGAAUGUGUGACACAGGAGAAGGACUAUUCACUUUUCAAACAAGGGAAGGAGAAAUGAUCUAUCAGAAGGUGCAUUCUGCGACCCUGGCUAUAGCUGAGCAGCAUGAAAGAUUAAUGCUAGAAAUGGAACAGAAGGCUCGGCUGCAGACGAGCCUGAUGGAGCCAAUGACAUUAUCCAAGUCCAUCUCGCUGCCCAGGAGCGCCUACUGGCACCACAUCACACGUCAGAACAGCGAGGGGGAGAUCUACAGUUUGCAAGGGCAUAACUUUGGUCCCUCCAAGAUGUCACGGGCACAGACGUUCCCCAGCUACACCUCGGAGCAGAGUGAAGAGACCCAACAGACCUUGUCUCGGUCCAGCAGCUAUGGCUUCAGCUACAGCUCCAGCCUCAUCCAAUGACACACAGGGAGCCACCACUGACCAGAGAGACAGUCUGUCCUGGACCUGCGGCAGGAACCUUGUGCCCUCUGCCUCCUGGAAGACCAACUGCAGUGCCAGUUGACCUGGGUCAAGGCUCUGGCCUCCAGCCCAGUGGAAGGUUCAAAACUGAAGUUUGGCUUCCAUGAGUCUGUGACUAAGUCCUUUAUUUCUUGAAUUUCUUGGGGAAGGGGAUGGGGUGGGUAUCUGUGUUUUACAAAAACAGAGUCCGAUCUUGUCUGGACAGGUCUUAAAAUUUUCUUGGGGUCUGAUGGUGACAGAAGCCUGGGAGAGGGUACACUUAAAGAAGCUAUCACCCCUGGUGUGUGACUAAGCGCCUGGGGUAGGGUGGGACCUGGGGGUCUCUAACACUGUCUUCCCCUCUGAUGACAAGUUCUGAGCUCAGAUAUCCUGGCGACCCACCAUAGCUCUGCAGCUUGCAAGUUUCAGCAAGGGUCAUAGCCCAGGAACUGUGUAGGUUAUCUCCACUCUCGGUACUAAUCAAUCCAGUGACAGUGAGGAGAGCAAAAAUGUAGAACAUAAAGUCGUGUGUGUGUGUGUGUGUGUGUGUGUGUGUGUGUGUGUGUGUGUAUGUUAUGUGUAUGUAGACAUGGGUGUCACUCUGUCUGUCUCCAUCCUACCACUAUCCUUCCCCUUGUGUGCUGAGGGUGUGCACACUUCCACUGUGGGAAAUUGUAACCUGGUGUGUUGAGAUUCAGCUUGUUAUGUUAUAGAAUCGCUACUUUUUAAAAUUAUCUUUAUUUAUUUAUUUGGAUAGAGACAGCCAAAAAUCAAGAGGUAGGGGGGUGUAGAGAGGGAGAGAGACACCUGCAGCCCUGCUUCACCAUUUGUGAAGCACCUGCAGGGAUCCAGGGGCUCGAACCCAGGUCCUUACACACUAUAACAUGUGCGCUGAACCAGAUGCGCCACCACCCAGCCCCAAGAAUCGCUACUUUUAAAAGUAUUGUUUAAAAACACAAGGUUGCUUCUUAGUAAAAUUCGCCAUGUAGUCCAGUCUGCACAAGUGUAACUGGACAUAGAGGAAAGGGAAAGGCUUAGGGAACCAAAAAAACAAAACAAACAAAUAAAAAACCCAUCUUGCUAUCCCGCAGCCCCCCCCCCCCCGUGCUGUCCAUGGUUCUGAUGAGCUUCUCUGUGAGCUGUAUGGGGGUGACUGGCCAACAGGCCAAUCAUUUAAACUUGAGAAAAGCAGGAGUCUAUCUGAGGAACAGUCUAAGAACGUCAGAAAUACACUGUAAGAAAAAAGAACACAGAUUGUGCCGUCAGAAGAACAGCAGAGGCCAGACUGGACAGAGCAAGCUUUUAAUUUUUCCUAGAUACCACUUCUCUCCUCGGUCACCUAUGAUUUUCCUAUGUUGCCACAGUUUUUUGGACUUUAUUUUCCUUUUACUGGACACAGGUUGCUUGGGAUUAUAGGAGAGAGGAACCGAGUUGGAGAAACAACAUGAUGGUUGUGCAAAACACUCAUGCCUGAGGCUCUGAGGUCCCAAAUUCAGUCUUCAGCACCAACAUAAGCCUGAGCUGAACAGUGUUCUGGUCUCUCUCUCUGUCUCUCUCCCGCUCUCUGUAUCUCUCUGUACAUCUCUCUUUCUCUCUCAUUAAAGCAAAAUAAAUAAGAUAUUUAAAAGACACAGAGUGGAACAAAGCUAGUUUUGACUGUGUGUGUGUGUGUGUGUGUGUGUGUGUGUGUGUGUGUGUGUGUGUGUGUGUUUGCCACCCUGAUGAGCCUGGGAACCGUGAGGCUUAAAGGGAAGCUGUGACUUCCAUAUGAAGUGAAGGAAUCUGGCUACAGCACGAAUGAGGUAGCUUUGCCUUUGAUUCUGGUGUUCACUUGAGUAAAAAUAAAAAUAAUUCUUCCUGAAUUAUCCGAUGACACAGCUCUCAAAUACUCCCAGGUGGGUUUAAAGAACAGGGAGCUUUAGUAAUAGAAGAUAAAAAUCUGAUUUUUUUUUCUUAGUAUAAAAAAGCUUUUGACUAUCAAAAGUUAUUCUGUUGGAAGGGCCCCUGUUCAGCUGAUUUCUGGUAAGCUUUAUCCCCCUCAGCCAUAACUAGAUGAAGACUGAUAAUUCAUUCACUGAAAUACCACUGAAUUAAGAAAGAAAGAAAGAAAGAAAGAAAGAAAGAAAGAAAGAAAAGGAAAGGAAAGGAAAGGAAAGGAAAGGAAAGGAAAGGAAAGGAAAGGAAAGGAAAGGAAAGGAAAGGAAAGGAAAGGAAAGGAAAGGAAAGGAAAGGAAAGGAAAGAAAGAGGAAGAGGGUCUGGGUCCCUCUUGGAAAAUUUUGCACUUAAACCAACUACCUAGACUCUCUAGAUCACUCAGAUAAGUAUGAAAGUCCCAUAAAGAUGUUAAUUAUCAAAGGUAAUGUGGCUGCGGAAAAGGAAUAAUAAUAAUUACCCUGAGCUUUCAGGGAGAAAAAGAAAAGAGCUCCAGCUCCCUGCACUGCGGGUUUUGCUGACACCGCAGAAGAGCAGAUGUCUGACGUGAUCCAGCCUUCCCUAAACCCUGCUCUCAGGGGGAGAAGCCCUGAAUGGCUUUGGCACCUGGCAUUUGCUUGGGAAAUGCCACCAGUAAAAGCACAGCAAACAGCUCCCAGCUGAGACCAUCCGAGCACAGCUCCUGGUGGUGCCUCUUGUCGGCUCUAGUCGAGUCGCUGCUUUUUCCAGACCACACGUUUCCACAAGGGACUUCUGGGAAAACGCCCUGGGGACCCUGGUUCAUGGCUCAGCUUUCUUAAUAUGCCUAAAGCACAGGCUGUGAGUCUUGAGAGGGUUCUGUUCAUCAGAUAAGUCUGCUCUUGGAUCUGCUGGGUGGGAGACAUAGGCUCCUGCCAGCAAUCACUUCUGUGUCACUGUGAUGUGACAGUAACCAGAGAGAAUAAUCUUGAACCAGUCCACUCUGACAGUCAUGAAAAGAGUGUGUGCAGGAGAGCGACAUUUCCUUCCUGUGUAUCAGUCCUGAUCUCAUCCCAAUGAGAAUUAGCCCUCUCAACUAUCUCCUGGUAUGUUUUUGGAGACUUAUUCCUAUAUUUUCCCCCAGCAGGGCUUACAUACAGUUGUUAACAUAGUCCAAAUGACUCCGUGAGCAGAUAGGAGAAUUUCUGUGAGUCUAGAGCAUACUUCACAGUGGACACUGUGAUAGACAUGACAAGUGGAUCCAUCUUCUACAAAAAAAAAAAAAAAAAAACAAAGAUAGAAAAUGGCUGGGCCAGUAUGCCAGAAGUUUAGAAAUAUAAUUUCUCUAGAGCAACUACAAUGACUGUAGAAGAUACAUUCCAAUCACUGGAGUUCUUUGUCUAAUUUUUUAAAAAUAUAUUGAUAUCUUCCAUCAUGACAGAAACAAGGUCCAUGCUGCUGUGCUACUACUGACAAUCGCUUUUAUGUUUCCCACAUAUUUAUGUCUUGACUGAGAGCUUUUUUCCUUCACAAGGUUUCAAAGGCUUGCCCUUUUGUUCCAACCCACAGACCUCCUGUUAGCACUUCUGGGAGGGGGCAAGUCUCUACACGUACUCAGCCUUUAUUUAUCUACUGAUGUCUUCAUUUCCUCUUGACCUUUUAUAGCAUUCUUGGUUGACGUCCUUUCUCUUUUGGUUAUCACUGGAGUGUCACAGCUCUGAGAUGCCUUUUUCAGAUAGAGAAUCAAAGUGAGAGAUGGAAAAAUGCCACAGCCCUAAAGCUCCCUCUAGUAUAGUAGAGGCAGGGUUCAAACUUGGGUUGUGAGCACAGCAAAGCUGGUGGAUUAUCCAGGCAAGGUAUUUUGCCAAGCCAUUGGAUGACGUUUUGAAUAUUAUCAGUCCUGUCUGUCAGUGUGUCUAAUAAAAAGUCUUCUGAUAUUCUCACGCAAAUUUCCUUGUCUAUGAUACACUUCUCUCUUUCCGAUUUCAAGAUUCUCUUGUCUUUCCACAAUCUGAUUAUAAUGUUAGAAUUAGUGUCUAUGUGGUUCUCUUUGAGUUUAUCUGGUUUGGAAUCAGUUGAGCCUUUGGAUGUCUAUCUUGAGCUUGUGGGUUUGUGUUGUCAUUUUUGUUGACGUGUGUUCAUUCUGUGGGUCUGGGGAGUGAAUUUGGCGUUUUGUGCAUACACGGUCCCACUGAUGACCUCCAGGGCCAAUGAUCUUCUUUCUUGUUUUGUUUGCUAAGAGAGGGAAGAAGGAGACAUAGACAGACAGACACAAUGCAGCACUGCCCUACCACCUGUGGAGCUCUCCUGAUAUCAGUCAUGGUGCACCCAUGUGGCAUUGCGGCCAAACCUAGUGCCUCCCACCUGGCGAGGCACAUGCUUUACUUGGUGAGCUAUUUCCUGUUCCCUGAGCACCUGGAUUUUUGACUAAAGAUGCAAGUCAGUUUCCUCCCUUCAGAAACUGUGAGGUCUUUAAUGUCCACACCUCUUUUUCAUUAUGUGAGAAGAGUUAUAUCAGAUAUACACAAACUACACAAAAUACACCAAAGACAUAUCGUGGGCUUCUUCUGACAGUGACUUCAUUGGGCUUCCAUCCAGACACAGAUGGGUGAAUGAGGAUAGUGUCAGUGUGCAAAUUAGGUUAGAAGGUGAAAAUGAUGAGGAAACCCUAUCCAAAAAAAUAUGGGCCCUUCCAAAAGCAGAAAACCCUAGUGCAACUAAAUGUCUCACAGACAGGUUACAUGAGGAAUUUUAUGGUAUAUUUCCUCAAUAUUAUUCUUUCUCUAAUAUUAAUUUCUGUACACAUAGCCCACACAUGACAUUAUAUUUUAAAUGCACAGAGUAGAAAUUGAGCUUGACAAAAUAAUUCUGAGUCUGAUCUUCAGCAAGAGGAAAAAGAAGACACAGCUUUCAUUUCUCAGACAAUAGACAAUAGGCACUCAGAACUAAUUAAGUUAUCCUGGUUGCAAAUACUUAGGAGUCAGUAUUUCUGGCCACUGCCAUAAUUUAGGCCUAAUGAACUAAUAAGCAGACAUUUACUUGUAUAUUAGGGAAGAUUCUAUUUGAUAGAGCAUGUGAAAUAUAAAGUGAAACAUUUAUUAAAAUUGAACCUCACUUUCUUCACUAAAUAGUACCUGUAAUAUUAACCAUAGUCUCUUGUAACUGUUUUCCUCUGUCCUCACUGGACAGAUAUAUCUGAAAAUUAUUUAUUGCCAAUGAAAUGGUUAAGCACUUCUACUCUCAGUCCAAUAUAGCAACAGUGGACUGAGAAGUGACUUUUAGUGUCUACAAGUCCAAUUCCUUGCAUGCCAUAUCUUUAGAGUAGAUAUUUAAGACAUCAUAAGAACUGAUGCUAACCUGCCUUGUUUGACCCAGUAUGACACACACACAAAAAAGAAAAAAGCAUGAUUAGUCUGUGAUUAUUUGAAUCACUUAAUGGUGAAUUGACUGUUAAUAGUACAGUGAAAAAUAAGCUAGGCAAAUUGUAUUCUUAUGAAAAGGUGUGGUCUGGUUUUCAUCUUUGCAAUAGAACAAUAAAUUGACAACAGACAUGAAAUGAGAUUGGCUCUUGGGCUUUUAAUAAUUCAUGUUUCAUUAAAAGUAUUAUAUUAAACACUGCACACAGUGAAAAACUAUAUGUCUUUUCUCUAGAUCUAUCAGCAUGUCUGUUGACACCUCACAAUUUCAAAUGAGUUCACCAAGCAUUAACUAUAAAUUCCUUGAUUAUGCUCUUCUUAAAAUAGAUAAUAAUGUGGGUCAAGGGAGCUGGGCGGUAGUGCAGCAGGUUAAGUGCACAUGGUACAAAGUGCAAGGACCAGAGUAAGGAUCUCGGUUUGAGCCCCCAGCUCCCCACCUGCAAAGGGGUCACUUCAUAGGUGGUGAAAUAGGUCUGCAGGUGUCUUUCUCUCCCUCUCUCUGUCUUCCCCUCCUCUCUCAUUUCUUUCUGUCCUAUCCAAUAACAACAUCAAUUGCAACAACAAUAAUCAUGACGACAACAACAAGGGCAACAAAAUGGGGAAAAUGGCCUCCAGGAGCAGUGGAUUCAUAAUGCAGGCACCGAGCCCCAGCAAUAACCCUGGAGGCAAAAAAAAAAAAAAUGCAUGGAUAAUUAUAACAAUUAAAAGCCUAGGGAAUUUAUGAAAUCCAAUUUCCUAUGGAAGGUCUAGAGAAGGAAAACAGAACUAGAUAAUAAAAUAAGUGACAUACAAAUGUAAAGACACUGAUGGACUUUCCCCAAGAGCUCUACUCUCUUGACUCGGCUAUCUUUCUUUACCCGCUUCACCCGUCUCAUAAUUUGUAAUUUUCAUAGAAAGAUGCCAUCUGUCUAUCCAACAAAUUCGCUUCCUCCAGCUGACUGAAAAUUAUUUGAUACAACAGGAAGUGUAACAAAAUCCCCCCCCCCAAGGCAAAGGGUCAACGUACCUUAGUAACAUAGGGAUCGGUUUUUGUACCGUCAUCCUAAUUUGCAUUCCAACUUGAAGACAAAUUGUCUGUGAGGCUGGGUCUGGGUCAACUACAUUCAGAGAUCCCACCAGCUUUAUGUGUACAUACUCUACAGACAGACUGGAAUAUCAGCCCAUCUUUUUCUCGCAGGUACUACCGCUAGCUAGCCCUUAUAUUCUCUUUUGAAGUUAUUGUUAGAUAUGCAUUAACAAUUUAAGCCCAGUGUUAGAAUUCAAUCAGUUUACCAAUUGGAAACAUCAAGUGCUCAGACUAAAGGAAUAUAUACUCACAAGUGCAAUCUAUGCAUUUGAAGAGCUGGAGGCAUCCCAUCUAUUUUCCCCUCUCAUACUGAAUAGUGAUUUAUAAGACAGUAAGUGAAUAGGAGUAUAUAUUUAACACCAUAUCUGCCACAGAUCUGUGUCCCUACUUCCAUUUCCCCACCAGGUCUUUUAUUUUGAUGCAAAACUCCAUACCCAGUCAAAUUCUGUUCUGUGUUUCUCUUUCUGUUCUUCUUUCUCGACUUCUGAAAGUUGAUUGUCCCAUACUCAUCUUUCUCUUUCUGGCUUAUCUCAUUUAGCAAAUUUCCUUCAAGCCCCAUCCAACAUGGAUUGAAAAAGGUGGUUUCAUUAUUCUUAAUAGUUGAGGAGUAACCCAUUGUGUAUAUAUACCACAAUUAGUCCUUACAUUCUUUCUUGAGAAUGAGAAUCUUUGGUGUAGUAUAAUUUUCUGAGGUAUUAGUUGUUCAAAGACUCUUGUGCAAAGAUCCUGAGACCUUGGUAAUGUUUUCUAAUUGGACAAUGUACUAGCUAGCUCUGGAAGCUGUUUCAAAGAUCAUGUAAAAUCAGGGUCCCACUUUAUGUCCUACAUGGGGAAAAAAAAUAGAAACCCAAGUAUUUUGUCAUUUGUUCAAGAAAAAAUAAAUAGGAAGAGUUCAGUCUGGUCCUAGGCUCCUGGUCCUGGGACGUUUCCUGGACUCCAUCUCUUCUCCCAGCUAGGUGAAGUGGGAAGUAAGAAGCGCCACACAGCCUAUACAUAAAUGUCCUGUUGUAUAGUUGAGUGGUCCCCAGAGUUUCAGGCUUUCCUACUUUUUCUGGUUACUGCAUCAACUACAUCGAUAGGGAGGUUUCACGGGGCAAUUCAUUAAACUGGGUGUUGAGUGUAAAUGAUCGGUGUAAAUUUUAUGUCUCCUAGUCUGUCAUCCAGUUCUUUCUUGACAAUUCAGACUAUUUUUUUUUUCUUUCCCUAAAGUGAUAGUCAAGCUAGAAUUUAAGAAGGUGUGUGUCUAUGCUUUGUACUGCUACUGAUUCACCACCAUACUGUGAUGAUCACUUGAGAAAUCUUCAUGAUGCUGCAACACUUUGGUUUAAUCAGAACACAACCUACUUAGAUCAUUAAUAGCAUCAAGGCUAUGCUUCUUCAUGUGAGUGUUGAAAAUCUUGUAUUUUAGUUGAAAAAUGCCUUCUUUACACAAAAAUACUCGACAUAUCUGGUGGUGUUUUUCCCCUUGUAUACUUGAGUAUUAAAUUAUUAGAAUUAGCUGAGGCUUGGGUAAAUGAAAAUAAGUUUUGAAAAUGACUAAAGAAUAUGAAAAACAUAUUUUAUGAUUUUUUUCCAUACGUUUUUCCUUGUAUAAAGGGAAGGAAAACUGUGCAUAUUCUUAACAGAAACACUGCAGUUUCUUUCUGGUAAUUCUGCUUCAAAGGUUAUUUUACUUCAUCUUCUAUGCCUGCUACCCAAGUCCUACCUGCUGGUUUUAACAAGAGUGAAUGAAUAUGUGUGUGUGUGUGUGUGUGUGUGUGUGUGUGUGUGUGUGUGUGUGUGUGUGUGUG